AUGGAUAAUAACCAGAAGAGCAUCAACGAUCUUCCUCUGGAGUUGUUCCAAGCAAUCUUAUUGAGGGUGCAGGCCAAAGAUCUAUUCCGUCUCAAGUUUGUUUCUAAGCUAUGGUUUUCUCUCAUCUCCGAUUCAAACUUCGUGGAAUUACAUCUUCACCACUCUUCCGAAUUCGCCCCUUCAUUCUUCUUCAACAAGAACAAUGAGGAGGCUCGCUUGGUUGACCUAAAUGCACUAUACAAUGAAGACGCUGAAAUUCUUCAUGCUGCAAUAAAAGAUGUCCCUCUCCCUUUUGGGAAUAAUAAGAAGGAACGCGACUCCUACUAUUUUGUUGUUCUUGGAUCCUGCAGAGGAUUUGUAUUCUUGCACCGUGAACCGGGUUUUAUUAUCAUAUGGAACCCAGUGACUGGAUCCUGCAAAAAAAUAUCUUACGGUUAUAGUAUUAAAAAGAAUGCGAUUCUGUAUGGUGUUGCUUAUGAUGCAUCAAAUGAUGAUUACUUGAUAGUAAUAGCUGCUAAGAGAUACCGCAUUGAUUGCUUUUCAUUGCGGACCAAUUCAUGGAUCAAAAUUGAUGCUGUAUUCCCCUUCCCCAUAUCUAUACUCAGGCAGUGUUUGUUUUGCUCUCCGGGGUUGUUCUUCAAUGGAGCUAUACAUUGGUUGAUUAUUCAAGAUAGCUAUUACAAAGAUAUGCUAAUCUUCGAUGUGAAAGAAAGGAGUUUCUCAACGAUAGCUCUGCCUGAAAAGGAACAUGUGGGGACGUUGUCUGAUCUGGUGAUAUUAGGAGAGUGUCUAGCUUUGUAUUUCUUAAGCUGCAAUAAUGGCAAGAAAACUAGGAUAUGGGUGAUGAAGGAAUAUAAAGUGCAGUCAUCUUGGACUCUCUAUGAGAUUCAUAACAUAUGUAUGAUUCCUCUGGCCUUAUCAUCCAAUGGCAGUGAUUUUAUUAUGCUAGAUACCAAAAGUGAUAAGAUCCACAAGUAUAAUCUUGAAGGAGAGUUGCUUCAAUGUUUUCAACACUAUUCUGUUGUGAUUCACGGUGGCUUCUUUGGAAGGUGCACUGUGUAUACAGAGAGUCUCGCCACACUCCCCAACAACAACUGA